AUGAAAGAGACAGCUGAAGCUUACCUAGGAAAAUCAGUCAAGAAAGCUGUUGUCAUUGUUCCAACUUACUUCAAUGAUGCUCAGAGGCAAGCAAGGAAAGAUGUGUUGGAUCUUGGUGUGAAAGCGACCAAUGGUGAUACAUUCUUGGGAGGAGAGGAUUUCGAUAAUGCUUUGCUCGACUUCUUUGUUAAAGAAUUCAAGACCACUGAGGGAUUAGACCUCUCCAAAGACAGUCGUCAUGACCCUAUCAAGUUCAAUUCUAACUGCGGUGGCGCGAUUAAGUUACAUGGAUCAACUUACAAUAUCUCUAUGAGAUUGCUAUAG